AGGCCGCCGGGUCGGUGGGCCAGGGGGGCCCGGCCCUAUAAAAGCGCAAGCGAGGGUCUCUACCCCGUCAUUGAUUUUGCAGGAUCUGCCCCACUUCAUUACCGUCUAGAGUAAAGCAGCAGCAACAGGAGCCGCCAUGAAUACUCAGCAGUUGGAGCAGAUGGGUCAGUUCAAGAUCACCGUCUGGGAGGAGGAGAACUUCCAGGGCAAGCGCUGCGAGUUCAUGCUUGAGUGCCAGAACAUCAUGGAGCGAGGCUUCAAUAAGAUUCGCUCCAUCAAGGUCGAGAACGGACCCUGGGUGGGCUUCGAGUACCCUGAGUUCCAGGGGCAGCAGUUCAUCCUGGAGAAGGGCGACUACCCCCGCUACGAGGCCUGGAGCGGAAACAGCAGCUACAGGACCGAGCACAUCCUUUCCUUCAGGCCCAUCAAGUGUGCCAACCACAGCGACAGCAAGGUGACGCUGUACGAGGGCGAGGACUUCCAGGGCCGCAAGUUUGAGAUGUGCGACGACUACCCCUCCCUUCAGGCCAUGGGCUGGUGCACCAAAGAGGUGCCUUCUAUCAAAGUCAACUCCGGAGCCUGGGUGGCCUACCAGUUCCCCGGUUACCGCGGUUACCAGUACAUCCUGGAGAGAGACAGACACCAAGGCGAGUACAGAAACUACAACGAGUACAGCACCCAGGCUCACACCAACCAGGUGCAGUCCAUCCGCAGGAUCCAGCACUAG